AUACAAAGUAGAUGGUCACUAUGUUGCAGACAGUGAGAGCCAGGAGGCUGACAGAGAGGCACUGCUGACAGGACACGAGGCACAGGACAGAGCCAUGGAUUACUGGACUGGAUUAUAUUUUCUCAACAUUCUGAAUGUCGUCUUUUGCACGCCUGAUGCAUUCUACACUGUAAACUUGGAUUACUAUUCAUUUGAAAAAGCUCAAACAUCCUGCAAGUCUGCCGGUAACGGUAUUUUGACUGACAUGGGCAAACCACAGGAAACUAAAAAGAUUCUGAAAGCCAUUGAGGACAAGAGAAAUGAAAACUUAACUUCUUUUUGGAUUGGCUUGAAGAAAAAUAGGGCAGCGUGUGUUGAACCCAGGCUUCCACUCAAGGGCUUCUUCUGGAUUGUGGAUAAUAGUACUGAAUUUGAGGCUGAUAAGUGGAAAUCAGAACCUAAAAGUACUUGCACAAGUGCUCUUUGUGGACUGCUCUCAGUGAACUACAGUGGCUCUGCAAUAGAAAGCUGGCAGUUAGAUUCUGGCACGUGCAAGCAAACAAAUCCUUUUAUUUGCAAACAUGAAGGACAGAUUGAGAAGCCUUGCCCUGGACCAUUGAUAAAUGGACCUUUUGACUCCAUGCAAAAAACGAACGACCCGUACACUCUUCACGUUACUUGUAAAGACAACAAAACUUUCACACUGUCCUGUUCAACAACCACCCAUGAAUGGACACUGGUGAACAACCCCAAGACAGACAUAUCACGACUCUGUCUGGAAUGUGAAAAGGGCUACGAAAAGAAUGCAGGAGGAAAUUGUGUGGAUGUAGAUGAAUGUGAACAAUUCCAACCAUGCAAACAUUGCAGUAAUACAGUGGGCUCAUACAUUUGUAAAUGUCCAGAUGGGACAGAGGGUACAGAUAAAAACUGUAAGAAGCCAAAAGAAACUCCCACUUUUAUGACUAGCCCUGAUAACACCGAUUUCCAGGAAAAAACAUCUCCCUCUUCUGUGGAGAACACGCCUCAACCACACAGUACAAUUGAGAGCAGUGUUCACAUCGAGGGCAGCACUGGAGACCUGUCAAACAUCAUCUUCCCUGUCAUUAUAGCUUUGCUGAUCUUCGUGGUGCUAGUUGUGAUCAUUGCAGGCAUUGUCAAAUGCUGCCUCAUAAGACGCUCUAAGAAACGGGCCAAGAAAAGGGCGGAGGCCUCUAAAGAGUCAAUGGCUCUGAAUGGAUCGGAUUCCAUGGACAAGGUGAACGAAAAGGAGGUGUUCUAAGUGAGUGUCUGUAUUUUUAAAGAACUCAGGAGCUCAGUGACAAUGAAUGUACAGUGACAUCCAAAAAUCUAAGACCACAUUGUAAAUCGAUGUUUUAGAAUUUUGGCCUUUGUACAAAAAAGUGUUUUUUUUUCCCCAAAUCGCCUCCACUGAAUUUUGUUCAGACAUGGGGCUCAGGUGGAAUUGAUCUACUCAUCAUUGACUUACAUAAACUUGAGAGGAGUUCAUACCAGCCUAAGUGCACACUGCCAAUAAAGCAAAAUAUGAACAUAUGGGGGACAUAUGAAACACUAAGGAAUUCCAAUAUGCAUGUAUAUACAUCAAAUAUGAUAACUUAUCACUCAAAUUAUUUGCUGAUCUUACAAUAUGUCAUAAAAACAUAUGCAAAAUAUAAGCAUGUUCACUACAUCAGCUUGACUUUGAGUUUUACUCAGGAAUCAUAGUAAUGUUUUGCAGUAUGAAACAAGGUGCAGAUGCCUGAUACAAAUAUUAUGUCCAGGAGUUCAAUAUUAAUUUGGACAGAUUUCAAUUCAUGAGGACUUUAUAUUCAAGCUGUUAAUGUGCAUAGGGGUCCAGUUAUUAUAUCUCAACAUUAAUGUUUUUGUGUAGAAACUAUCAAGUCUUUGCAAUGGAUUAGUCAGAACAACAGCUUAUAUAUAUAUUGUAAUAAGAUUGAAAUCUAGAUUGGUCUACACUAUAUUUCCAAAAUUUUGUAGACACCUGCUUGUCCAAUUCUGAAAUCAAGGAGGAUUCUACUCUUUUAAAAAGGCUUUACACUAGAGGUUGGAACACUGCUGUGAGGAUUUGACUGCAUUCAGCCACAAGAGCAUUAGUGAGGUCAGGUACUGAUGUUAGAUGAUUGGUUCUGGAUCACAAAUGCCAACUCAUCCCCAGAGGUAUUGAAUGGAGCUGGAUCAUUCCACAGCUCAAAGCUGGGACUGGGGGAGGUGAUUUAUACCCCCUUUAGCACACCCUUGGCAUUGGGCAUGAUGACCUUAGACAUGGUGUGGCUGCUCCAAAAUGUUGCAUUCUAUUAGCAAAGUUUUUAUAGAGAUUAUUCAAGCUGUUUGUGCACAAUUGAGCACCUGUGUUAGCAACAGGCACAACUAAAAGGUGCUGAAUACACUAAUAAGAAGGGAUGUCUGGAUACUUCUGGACAUAAGGUGUGGCUUAAAACCCACAAAUUAUAACAAAAGAAGAAAGUCAAUGUAUGUACAUGUAUAACAUAUCAAAGAUUGUAAUAACAUGUGAUAAUGUCUUUUGCAGAACCAAAUCAUUUGAAGAGAAUGUCUGAAAUAAACCAUGAAUUCUGUGUCAUAAUAAAAAUGCAUGUAUUGGCAUAUAAA